CUCCUUUCUUUUCUCUCUGAACAAAACCACCUCCUUUUCUUCAAAAUCACUCUCUCCAACUCCUACUAAAUUUCUUCGCAUGGCUUCUUCCUCUUCUCCACAAAUUACCAACAACCUCGAAAAUAACAAUAACAAUCCAAAUGACACUUCCGUUUCUCCCUCUUCUGCUAUCGACUUUCUCACUCUUUGCCACAGUCUCAAGUUUUUGUGGCAGACUACGAAGAGGACAGGGUGGGUGAAGAGAGAUGUUCAAAACCCAGAAUCCAUUUCUGAUCAUAUGUAUCGUAUGGGGUUAAUGGCUCUUAUUUCUUCCGACAUUCCUGGUGUUAAUCGUGACAAGUGUGUGAAGAUGGCUAUUGUCCAUGAUAUUGCAGAAGCAAUUGUUGGUGAUAUCACACCUUGUGAUGGAAUUUCCAAGAUGGAAAAGAACCGCAGAGAAAAGGAAGCACUUGACCAUAUGUGCAAUGUCCUUGGUGGAGGAUCAAGAGCCAAAGAGAUAUAUGCUCUGUGGAUGGAGUAUGAAGAAAGCUCAUCUCUUGAAGCAAAGAUUGUCAAGGAUUUCGACAAGGUUGAGAUGAUACUUCAGGCAUUAGAGUACGAAAAGGAACAAGGGAAGGAUUUGGAGGAGUUUUUUGAGUCCACUGCUGGAAAGUUCCAGACUGAUACAGGCAAAGCAUGGGCAUUAGAAAUAGCAUCCAGAAGAAAAAAGCACUAAUUACAGCAAGAUGACUAAGAGGAAGAUUGAUACGUAGGUGGGGGUGGCAUAGGCGGUCGAUCAGGCUGUGUUCUCUCCGUCGAUUUUCCCGGUGGUGAAAGCGUAGGGUCCCAGCUAGGAGGAGCAGCAUCAGGGUCGGAAGGCGGCGGGUCACGUGGACCGGUUGUCAAGUCCGGACCAGGGCUUGAACCUGGUUUUGGAUCAGGAGGUAUACGAGUCUCCUCUUGGCUAGGGUAGUGCUCCUUAUUGUCACUUCUUUCACUUGAGCUUAUUGUCCUGAUUAUGAUAGGACGAGAAUAUAUUGAUGGAAUAUUAGUAGUAGUUGUAGGUGAGCAUAAUAACAUUAAUGAUUUCUUCAUAAAUAAGACCUUGGAUGUUGUCAUGAUUUUGGAUAUAUUCUUGUUGGGAGGGAAGGUACGUUGAGGCUUCUUUUAUGGCAUAGUCAGCAUGGCCGCAUGGGUGUAUUAUAUUGUUAGGUUUGAGCUAGCUGAUAAGUGAUAAGUAACAAGUAUAAGUGUGUGCGUUUAGAUUGACACGUUUUUGUACGUGGCAAUAGGAAUAGGUUGACAUGUGUUUACAAUGUUUAUGACAUGAAAUUUAAAAUCCAUAGUUUUAAGGAUAA